AUGAAGAUUUUGGUCUUGGUUUUAGCUUGUCUAUAUCUCUCAGAAGGUGUGGAAAGAAUCAUUCUGAGGAAAGGCAAGUCUAUCCGCCAGGCGAUGGAGGAGCAGGGUGUACUGGAGCAGUUCCUAAGGAACCACCCAAAGGCUGACCCAGCUGCCAAGUAUCAUUUCAAUAAUGUUGCUGUUGCUUAUGAGCCCAUCACCAACUAUCUGGAUUCUUUCUACUUUGGGGAGAUCAGCAUUGGGACACCACCUCAAAAUUUCCUCGUCCUCUUUGACACGGGCUCCUCCAUCCUGUGGGUGCCCUCCACCUACUGCCAGAGCCAGGCCUGCUCCAGUCACAACAGGUUCAACCCCAGCCUGUCCUCCACCUUCAAAAUCAAUGGGCAAACCUAUACACUGUACUAUGGGAGUGGCAGCCUGAGCGUGGUCCUGGGAUAUGACACCGUGACUGUUCAGAACAUCAUUGUCAAUAACCAGGAGUUCGGCCUGAGUAAGAAUGAGCCCAGCAGCCCCUUCUACUAUUCACACUUUGAUGGGAUCCUGGGAAUGGCCUACCCAGCCAUAGCGGUGGGGAAUGCCCCAACAGUCAUGCAGGGGAUGCUGCAGCAGGGCCAGCUCACUCAGCCCAUCUUCAGCUUCUACUUCUCUCGCCAACCAACCCAUCAGUACGGUGGAGAGCUCAUCCUGGGAGGUGUGGACACCCAACUUUAUUCUGGUCAGAUUGUCUGGACCCCUGUCACACAGGAAUCGUACUGGCAGAUUGCCAUCCAGAAAGUUUUUGUUGGCGACCAGGCCACCGGCUUGUGCUCCCAGGGCUGCCAGGCCAUCGUGGAUACCGGCACCUUCCUGUUGGCUGUUCCCCAGCAGUACAUAGUCUCCUUCCUGCAGGAAACAGGAGCCCAGCAGGCUCAGAAUGGUGAUUUUGUGGUCAACUGCAACUGCGUGCAGAGCAUGCCCACCAUCACCUUCAUCAUCAGCGGGGCCCAGUUCCCUCUGUCUCCCUCCGCCUAUGUCUUCGAAAACAAUGGUUACUGCAGGCUCGGGAUUGAGGCCACCUACCUGCCCUCCCCCAGUGGGCAGCCCCUGUGGAUUCUGGGAGAUGUCUUCCUCAAGGAAUAUUACUCUGUCUAUGACAUGGCCAACAACAGGGUGGGCUUUGCCCUCUCUGCCUAG